GGUUGCCAUGGUGACGCGGCGCCGGGCGCCGGGGCUGCGGCUGCGCGGUGGGUGAGGGCGGGCGUCAGGGAGAUCGCUGCUUUUUUGGAAAAUAAGUCUAGAUUGGGUAGAAGAGCAAAGUAUGCAGAAAUAUCAAGUUAUUUAAGAAUGAAUGCACCCAAAGGCAGGAAUGAUUCUGAGGGGGAAUCAGCUGAGGAGGAAGCAGAGAAUGAAGAAGAGAGUGAGGACUCGGAGGAUGAAUCUGAAUCAAUUCCAAACAAAGGGAAUGUGGAGGCCAGAAACGUGACAAGCCGAGAGUUGCCGCCCUGUGUCAAGCCGCAGAAGGAGCUGGAGGAGCAAGACACACUUUACAAACAGCAACUCCAUGCACUCAGACAGAGAGGCAAAGAGAAGACCAUCAUUAAAGAGGAGCCAACCAAGAAGAAAAAGAGGAGGAGGAGAAGGUGUAUCGGAGUGAACCUAAUCAACUGCAAGUAUGAAAGUGUCCGCCGUGCAACUCGCCGAUAUGGAUUGAAGGAGGUUGGCGACGAUGACGAGUGGAUAUUGUACUGGACGGACACGUCCGUGUCUCAUGAAAAGGUCAUGGAAAUGAAGCGUUUUCAGAAAAUUAAUCACUUUCCAGGAAUGAGUGAGAUUUGCAGGAAGGACCUAUUAGCCCGGAAUUUGAACAGGAUGCUGAAACUCUUCCCAAAGGAAUAUAACAUCUUCCCCCGUACAUGGUGUUUACCUGCCGACUUUGGUGAUUUUCAAGCCUACAGCAGGAUGAAGAAGCCAAAGACAUACAUCUGUAAACCAGACUGCGGGUGUCAGGGCCGAGGGAUCUUCAUCACCAGAAAUCUAAAGGAGAUUAAACACGGGGACCGGCUGAUCUGCCAACAGUACAUCUCCAAGCCUUUCCUCAUAGAUGGUUUCAAAUUUGAUCUCCGUGUCUACGUCUUGGUGACAUCCUGCGAUCCCUUUCGGAUUUAUAUUUAUAAUGAAGGCCUGGCAAGGUUUGCAACAAGCAAGUACAAUGAGCCCUCCAACAGCAACUUGGAUGACAUCUGCAUGCACUUGACAAACUAUGCCAUCAACAAGCAUAGCAAGAACUUCGUCAGAGAUGGGGACAGCAGCAGCAAAAGGAAACUGUCUUCACUAAACAAAUGGUUGGCAGAUCACGGCCACGACGUGCCAAAGGUUUGGUCGGACAUCGAGGACGUCAUUGUUAAAACGCUAAUAUCUGCCUAUCCGAUCUUGAAGCACAAUUACAGGACUUGUUUCUCCACCCAUCUCUGUGGCUGUGCCUGCUUUGAGAUACUAGGAUUCGAUAUUCUGAUGGAUCGUAAUUUGAAACCAUGGCUCUUGGAGGUGAACCAUUCCCCCAGUUUCACCACAGACUCCAGGCUGGACAGAGAGGUGAAGGACAAUCUACUGUACGACACAAUUUGUCUGAUAAACCUUGGAGCAAGUGACAAGCAAAAGGUGAAUGAGGAGGAGAGGCGCAGGGUGCAGGAACGUCUGUGGCAGCGUCACACAACCCGUGAAUUCAGACGGGAACAGUACGAGAACUACCAGUCGGCUUGGCUGCAGCAGGUGGAGAAGUAUGAGAAGGAACACCUUGGAGCCUUCCAUUUGAUUUACCCACGGCUUGACUCCGAGAAAUACGAUAACUUCUUUAAACAAAGCGGAUCGCUUUUUCAGGAGACGGUCGCUUCCAGAGCGAGAGAAGAAUGUGCCAGGCACCAACUGGAGGAGAUUCGACAGAAGAACGAACCGAAAGAGCUGGCAAAGGGAAGAAAGGUGAAGGAACCAAAGGAUGCCCACCUGCAUGGCGAGUCGGGGGCCGAGCCCUCUGCACUGGAACGAGUCUACAGGAAGUACAACAACUGUUUCACCCUAAAGAAAGAGGAGGCCAUGGACAUCAUGAAGCCACUGGAUAUUAUUUACGAGGAGGAGUUGCAGCGACUCAGCGGGCUCCUGCAGCGGGAGAACCUCCUCCGGGCUCUGGGUGUCAUUGAGCAAGUUUAUCGUGUGUUGCAAAACACUCCGGGCGUGAGUGGCAGUGUUCAUACUGCUCCUUCAUAUGGUACCAACCAGAAUAAAUCUGUUAUUUACCCCAGCACGUACCGGCACAACCAGAUGAUGGAAGAGCUGGCGUUCAUUGGCUCCCACGCCACGAUGGGGGGGAACGGCACGACGGAGCUGGGAUGUCUCAACAACCCGUCCUUGAACUGGUCGACUCUGCUCUCUCCCCAAGGCCAGGCUUCCGUCAACCACGGCCCGAAGGGGAGCACCAACCAUGGAAGCGGACUGGCACUCAACCGUUUCCACAGCCGCUUCCCCGCCCGCAGGGGCCUGUCAUGGAUGGGCGGGAAUCAGUUGCCGCCAUCACUAGACACCCUCACAAUGAGGACUGCGUGCCCCUCGGAGUUACAGCUCAACGCGGUUUCAGCCUAUCCUCGUUCAGUGAGUGCCAAGCUAAUUCCCGAAACAUCGCUUCUGCAAUCUAAAGACCCGCGGGGAGCGAGCCAGAACAGUGCAGUGAGCAGGGUGCGAAUGAAUGGCACGAGCAACAGUACCAACAUGUGGAACAUGAAGAUCAACACCAUCAACCCUUCAAGCCACGAGCUAACGGUGAUCUCAGCCCGAGCCCCUAUGAACCAGCGAGCGCACCUAACAAGACGUACAAACUUCCUGAGCUUAUUUCAGACUGACAUCAGCAGACGACUGAAUUGAUCCCGAGACACAGAUCACUGCUGGAUUUCCUUUCCACUACAACCCUGAGAACUGUUUCAUUGCCUGAUGACGUUUUUGCCAUUUAAAGUUCCUUCACUUCAGGGUGGGGUGAGGAAAAAGUGCCCUGGGAUCUGAUCACAGAGUGAGAAGAGAACAGAAAAGAUUUCCUGUUGGAGGUUACUGCGCUGGGUGUGACUGGAAGGGCACUCAACAACGUGGGGAGGGUGGGGAGGGCGCAGAGUUUGUCUAUUUGUUGAACAAAAUCUAUAAAUGCUUUUCUAAAUGUUUCACAAAGUAAGCCAAAUCAAUAAAAAAUGGUAUGUUUUUUAA